UUAGGUUAGCUUGAAAAGACGAGUGGAGUGUUACACUGUUGCAGACGAUAAUUUGAACACACUAGUGCCUUCGAAUUUUGUUUGUUUUACUACUCAUUAGUAGGUCUACCAAACUGAUACUGAACUACUGCGAAACACUAUGGCGGCCAUCGAAAAUACCUCGCUGAAUCUCUCCGAAUUUGGUUUAAGCAACGAGACGUCCUCUCCUAAACAGUGCCUUGUUGGAAUGAGUAAGGUCUCCAUUGCAGUAUAUGUUUUCACCAUUUUAGCAUCUCUUAUAGCAAACUCUCUUCUCAUCUCGUUAUGUGUAAGGAAAAAAGAAACUUGGCUGCUCUACGUUAUCAACAUGGCUGUAUCCGACCUGCUCGUGGCAAUCUUUUUACUUCCACGUUUCAUUGUAAAUGAAAUCGCCAGGUCCAAUGAUUUCCUAGUUCACGGACCUGGAGGCACAUUUUUGUGCAAAAUGUGUAGUUUUCUGAGUGAUAUAUCCCUGUCAGUGUCAACCCUUACCUUGGUAAUGAUCGCCGUUGAGCGCUUCGUGGCAGUGGUUCAUCCCCUUCUGCACAUAAGAAUCUCAAACUCCCGCAAAAGACGCCGUCUUUUAAUAGCUUUGACUUGGCUCCUGGCUGCAGGAUUUCACUUGCCAUAUUUUUACACCUUUAAACUGGUGAGAGUAGCUGUUGGUAAGGGCGAUUACAUCCAAGUAUGUUACUCAACCUGGGAACCAGCUUUCGAUGACAACACGGGACACGUUCACUACAGCAUCUUUUUAUUUACGGCCGUGUUAAUCCUGCCGCUACUGGUGAUAUCUGUUUUGUACAUUGCUGUCGCUUUGCGCAUUUACAUUAACAGCAUGAGGAAAUUUCGGUUAGGAAGAGUUUCAAGAAAGAGACAAGAAUCCGCCCAGAAUUUACUCUGGAUGGCCGUCGCUACCGUUGCAGCCUUUUUAAUAUGUUGGACGAUGUAUAUUAUCAUUGCCUUCAUCAACCUUUUUUCACCAUCGGUGAUGCUAACGUGUAACAAGAGUUAUAUGAUAGCGUCUUACAUAGCAAACCUAUUGGCAAGUUGCUACUGUGCAGUUAACCCAUGGCUCUGUUUCAUAUUCAUUCCAGGAUUUUCUCGCGUAUUGAGAGCUAUGAUACAAAACCGAAAAUUCAUAGUGUCCGACGCAAGGAGUGGAAACAGAUCGAGUUCGCAGGGAUCAAAUAAAAGCAACGUUACUAUGCUUCCUUUAGAAAGUUCUAUGAAGCAAGAAGUUAGAGAAAGAUCUGAACCGUGAAGUAAAAUGCAGCUCUGACCAAAAGCAGUAAGUAGUGGAUGGUGAAGUAUAUCUUACUUUUUAUGACGCUGGAGCUGUGAUGAUUUAAAAAGAAUGGAAAACUCUUCAAUUUUCGCUUUCGUUGUUGGGUUUUGUUUUGUUUUUACAAGGGUAAACGUAUCUCCUUUUUGAUCACUGGAUCUGUUCGUUCCAGCCAUUGUUCUAAGUAUUUUUACCGUGUACGUACAAAUUUUAAGAUCAUAUUAUUGGAACAUUCAAGAGUUGUAAGACCAGAGUCCUUGAAGGAAAUAUCAAGACUUAAAUUAAGAAAUACAUGUUGGCAUUUUUAGCUUAUGAGACUUUGUUUAACUGACGGUAAUGACCAUAGAUUUCUUCGAACUUUAUUGUUUAAAAACUGUUCGCAUCUCAGAAUAGGUAAUAUUUGAAUACAAAUUUCAAGUAUGGCACAAGCUAGUAAAAAAUCGGAUGAUGUUAUCUAAUGUUAUAGCACUUGAACAAGUGUAUCUUGUAUUGGCCCUUCUCUUGCUAAAAUAACGCGCGUAAGACCUGACGAUUUUUUUUCUUUCUCAUCCUGUUUUGUAGACAUUUGC